AUGCGUGUUUCCGGCCUUCUCCCCAUCAUUCUGGCCGCUGCCCCGGCUGUGGUCUCGGCCCGUGGUACUCUGGGUUUCUCACUCGGUGACAAGAAUGCCGACGGUACUUGCAAGUCUACCAGCGACUAUGAGGCCGACUUCGACAACUUGAAGAGCCUGGCCACCCUCGUCCGCACCUACUCCGGCACCGAGUGCGAUACUCCCCAGAACAUCAUCCCGGCUGCUAAGAACAAGGGCUUCAAGGUCGUCUUGGGUAUCUGGGUCGGCGCCCAGGACAAGACCGAUAUGAGCACCAACGAUGCCUCUUUCCUGAAGGAUUUCGCUGCCCUCAAGAAGACCGUCCCCGGCAACGAGGAUGUUAUCGAGGCCAUCACCGUCGGUUCCGAGACCCUCUACCGUGGCGAUCUGACCGGCCCUCAACUGCACAACUACAUCUCCGCUGUUGCCAAGCAGUUCCCCAAGGUCACCGUCGGUACCGCCGACAGCUGGAACAAGUUCGCCGACGGCACUGCCGAUGACCUGUUCACUACCGACACUGACGCCAACCCCAUGGUGACCUACGUUCUGGCCAACGCCUUUGCCUACUGGCAGGGAACCGCCGCCGACAAGGCCUACCAGACCUACUUUGAUGACAUGGCCGGUGCCAUGUCCCACAUCCAGAAGGUUGCUGGUACCAAUUCUGACAAGAUCCGUGUGAUCAACGGCGAGACUGGCUGGCCCACUGAUGGUGGCUCUGACUACGAUGCUGCUUUGGCUGGUACCGCCAACGCCCAGACGUUCUGGAAGACCGGUGUCUGUGGCAUGCUCGCCUGGGGUGUCGACCUGUUCUACUUCGAGGCCUACGAUGAGUCCUGGAAGCCCGACAGCACUGGUGACAACGGCAAGGCCAUGGACGAGAAGCACUGGGGUCUGUUCACUGCCGGCCGCAAGCUCAAGUUCGACACCAGCUGCCCUAAAUAA